AUGGGAAGAAGAAAAGUGGAGAUCAAACGAAUUGAGAACAAAAGCAGUCGACAAGUCACUUUUUGUAAACGACGCAAUGGUCUUAUGGAGAAAGCUCGUCAGCUCUCAGUCCUCUGCGAAUCCUCCGUCGCUCUUCUCAUAGUUUCCUCCACUGGAAAACUCUAUAGCUCCUCCUCCGGCGAUAGCAUGGCCAAGAUCCUCAAGCGUUAUGAAAUACAACAUGCUGGUGAACUUAAAACGGUGCCAUUUAUAGAUGCAUUGCUCUCAAAGUCAUCCACUGCAUAUGUAAUUGAGAUGAGCAUUGGGAAUCUUAAGCUAGAAUGGUCCAUUGAGAUGCUUUGGGAUCUAACAGAAAAAACUCGGAAUUAUAUUUCAGUUAAGGAGUUACUAGAGAUAGUGCAAUGCAAGCUUGAAGAAGCGAAAAGUGAUAACACAAGCGUAGAAUCCCUAAUUUCCCUGGAAGAGCAGAUCAAGAGUGCUCUGUCUAUAACUAGAGUUAGGAAGACAGAGCUAAUGAUGGAGCUUGUGAAGACCCUUCAAGAAAAGGAGAAGCAGUUGAGAGAAGAGAACAAGGUUUUAGCUAGCCAGAUUACAAAGAUGGAGAAGAAAAGGUUUCUGGAAGUAGAAGAUGAGUUUCUGGAAGCAGAAUAUGAGAGAGCAAUGUCACUGGCAAAAAGUUCUGGAAACAACACACCGGAGACUCUCUCGCUUCUCAAAAAGCCAAAAUCGCGAAUGAUUCCAGACCAUAACGAAUAUGUCCACCCGGCACCCAUGUCAAUUCUUCCCAAGGUUUUUGGAUCAAGACGGUCGCGUAAAGAAGAAGAAGAAGAUGCAUCAAAUAAUAUGAACAAUAGAAGAAAUCAUGAUUUGGAAGCAGACAACAACAAUGAAUAUUUCAAAGAUUUGAAGCGACAAAUGUCUUCUCGAAAGAAACCGAUUCUUGACAACUCUCCUUCGAUGAUUUUGAAGACAUCUUCUGAGAGAAUGGAAGGCUUUAAUCUAUCUAGUUCUAUGGCAACAACAGAGAUUCGUGAACUCAGAGUGUUUGUAGCUACGUGGAAUGUAGGAGGAAGAACACCAAACAACGAUCUUAACCUAGAAGACUUCUUACUUCUUGAAGGCACAGCAGAUAUAUAUAUCUGUGGGUUUCAAGAGAUUGUUCCUCUAAGUGCAGGAAACGUAUUGGUAGUUGAAGACAAUGAGCCAGCAGCUAAAUGGUUAGCUCUAAUAAGCCAAACCUUAAACAAACCGAAACAAGACUCUGCUUCAGGAACAACAACCUCUAGUAGUAGUGUUCGUGGUGAAGAGCCAAGAACACCAAGUGGUCUUAGUUUCUUUCAAAGACCUAAUCUUAAAGUCUUGAGCAGAAACUAUCGAGUCGAUUCAAGUCUUUUGAAGACUUGUAAUUGUCAAGUUAUCGGUACUUCAGCUGGUUGGGAAGCAAGGCUGUCGAAAAAGUAUAGUCUUGUAGAUAACAAUAACUAUGUGGAGCCUGAGAAUUUUAGGGUUCAUGAGAAUCUACUGUUUGAUGAUGUUCCUGCCACUACCAAGAUGCCGGGACAAAUGAGUUAUAGAUUGAUUGCUAGUAAACAGAUGGGAUGUAUUGCUAUAAGUAUAUCACUGCACCAAACAAGCUUUUGCUUUGUGUGUAGCCAUUUGGCUUCUGGUGAGAAAGAAGGUGAUGAGAUGAGAAGAAAUGCAGAUGUAGCUGAGAUUAUAAAGCAUACUCAAUUCCCCAAAAUCACCAAGAACCCUAGUUGUCGCGCACCCGAAAAAAUCCUUGAUCAUGACCGAGUGGUUUGGCUUGGAGAUUUGAAUUACAGAAUUGCUUUAACUUAUGAAGAGACAAGAGUAUUACUAGAAGACAAUGAUUGGGAUACCCUUCUUGAGAAAGACCAGCUCAACAUUGAAAGAGGAGCAGGAAGAGUCUUCUCUGGAUUUCAAGAAGGUCAAAUCUUCUUUGCUCCAACGUAUAAAUACACUCAAAACUCAGAUGCUUACGCCGGAGAGACCACUAAGUCAAAGAGAAAACGUCGUACUCCUGCUUGGUGUGAUAGGAUUCUGUGGAGAGGAGAAAGAAUAGAACAACUUUCUUAUAUUCGAGGAGAAUCACGGUUUUCAGAUCACAGACCGGUCUGUGCAAUCUUUGCAGUAGAAGUUGAUGUAAAGAGUAUGAACAAAGGUAGAUUAAGGAAAGGUUAUUCUAGUGUGGCUGGAAGAUUGACUGAAGAUUGCAUUCCACAAAGGCAUAGUUUUUACGACUAA